UAAGAACCCAGGUGUGGGUCAAGCCCUGCACAUAGUUUCAGUUUUGGCAGCAGCAUCCAGUGUCCUGCUGGCAGUUUCUAGGAAGGCAGGGGUUGUGGAGUGGCCAGCAGGCUAUCCCUCCGAAACUGAGUCGACGGGAGAGAAGGAAGUGGCUAAAACGACCAAGCAAGAGAUUGGCCUGGCAGCACUGCCAUGCAGGAGCCAUCAGCCAUGAUGCUUCCCUUCCUUGCCUGCCUGCUGGCUGUCUUCCCAGUGGUCUCCAUGAAGAGUCCCAUCUUCGGUCCCCAGGAAGUGAGCAGACUAGAAGGCGGCUCAGCGUCCAUCAAGUGCUACUACCCAGCCACCUCCGUCAACCGGCAUUCCCGGAAAUACUGGUGCAGGCAGGGAGCCAGGGGGCGCUGCACAACUCUCAUCUCCUCGGACCGGUAUGUCUCCAAGGACUAUGAAGGCAGAGCCAACCUCACCAACUUCCCAGAGAGCAACUCGUUUGUGGUGGACAUUGGCCAUCUCACCCAGAAUGACUCUGGGCGCUACAAGUGUGGUCUGGGCAUUACCAACCAAGGCCUGUUCUUUGAUGUGAGCCUGGACGUCAGCCCAGGUCUUGGUUUCCUAAAUGGUACUCAAGUCCACACAGCGGACCCGGGCAGAACAGUGACCAUCGACUGUCCUUUCAGUUCUGAGAAUUCUAUGGAGAUGAAGUCCGUGUACAAGAAGAUAGGCCCAAACCGUAUCCUAGUCACCGACUCCAAUGGGUACGAGCACCCCGACUACAAAAACAGAGUCCGCCUCACUAUUCAGGAUACCAGCCAACUAGCGUUCAGCUUUGUCAUCAACCAACUCAAGCUCAGCGAUGCUGGGAUGUAUGUCUGCCAGGCUGGGGAUGAUUCCAGAGGGGAUAAAAGCAAUUUUGACCUCCGAGUGCUAAAGCCCGAGCCUGAGCUUGUUUAUGGAGACCUGAGGGGCUCGGUGACCUUUGACUGUGCCCUGGGCCCCGAGGUGGCAAAUCUGCCCAAAUUUCUGUGCCGAGUGAACAAUGAUAAAGGCUGCAGAGUGGUCGUCAACACGCUGGGGAAGAGGGCACAGGACUUUGAAGGAAGGGUCUUGCUUAUUUCCAAGGACAAUCGCUCCUUCAUGGUACAUAUCACCGGCCUGAGGAAAGAGGACGCAGGACAUUACCUGUGCGGAGCCCACUCUGAUGGUGAGCCUCAGGAAGGCUGGUCUACCCAGGCUUGGCAACUCUUUGUCAAUGAAGAGACGACGAUGCCCCGGAUUCCCUCUGUGGUAAAGGGUGUGGUAGGCGGCUCUGUGGCUGUGCUCUGCCCCUACAACCCUAAGGACAGAGACAGCCUGAAGUACUUGUGUCACUGGGAAGAAGCUCAAACUGGCAGCUGCCCACAGCUGGUGAGCAGCGAGGGGCUGGUUCAGGAACAAUACAAACAGUAUGAGGGCAGGCUCGUACUGUACGAAGAGCCAGGCAAUGGCACCUACACGGUCAUACUCAACCAGCUGACCCCCCAGGAUGCUGGCUUCUACUGGUGUCGGACCAGUGGUGAUAGUCGCUGGUGGUCCACAGUGGAGCUCAAGAUUGUCGAAGGAGAACCAAACCUCAAGGUACCCAAGAAUGUCACUGCCUCGCUGGGAGAGACUCUCAAGCUCCCCUGCCACUUACCGUGCAAAUUCUCCUCCUAUGAGAAAUACUGGUGCAAGUGGGGCAACAAAAGUUGCAAGGCGCUGCCCAGCCAAGACGAGGCCCCCAGGCAGGGCUCCGUGAGCUGCGAUGGGAAGAACCAGCUCAUCAACCUGAUCCUGAACCCAGUCACCAAAGAGGAUGAGGGCUGGUACUGGUGCGGGGUGAAGGACGGCCUCCGAUUUGGAGAGACGAUGGCUGUCCACGUGGAGGUCAAGGAGAGGGUAAAGGGGUCCAAAGAUGUCAGCCAAGUGAAUGCUGCUCCGGGCAAGAAGGUAAUAGAGCCGGGGUCCAAAGAUGUCAGCCAAGUGAAUGCUGCUCCGGGCAAGAAGGUGAUAGAGCCGGGGUCCAAAGAUGUCAGCCAACUGAAUGCUGCUCCGGGCAAGGAGGUGAUAGAUCCUCAUGUCAGGAAGAUUGAGAACAAAGUCAUUCAGGAUUCCAGCCUUUUUGCGGAGGACAGAGCAGUGAAGAAUCCUGCAGAUUCAGCUGGUGGAAGCAGACCAUCUGAAGACCCUGGCAGCUCUUCAGGUCAAGGAGGGAGCUCCAAAGUGCUAAUCUCCACCCUGGUGCCCCUGGCCCUGGUGCUGGCACUAGGGGCUCUGGCCGUGGGAGUGGUUAGAGCCCGGCACAGGAGGAACGUUGACCGGGUUUCAAUUAGAAGCUACAGGACAGACAUUAGCAUGUCGGACUUUGAGAACUCCAGGGACUUUGGAGCCAAUGACAACAUGGGAGCCUCUUCGGUCACUCAGGAGACAUCUCUCGGAGGAAAAGAUGAGUUCACGGCCACCACGGAGAACACCGUGGAGAUGGAAGAACCCAAGAAGGCAAAGAGGUCCUCCAAGGAGGAAGCUGACAUGGCCUACACUGCCUACCUGCUCCAGGCCAACAACAUGGCGGCCAACGUCCAGGAUGGCCCCAGUGAAGCCUAGGCUGAACGCCAGCUGCCUCCUCCUAACACCCUUGACAAUCACCUUCAGAAUCACGUUGAUCUUCAAGGCCCUCAGCUUCGGGGGCUCCACUGCCUGCACUCACAGUCCACGAAGGCUUUUCCUACUUGUCCUCAGAGUGUCCCCUGGUCCCGCCUCAAUGGCAUCCAAGCCUGGCCUCAUUGUUCCUAUUGAGGGUGAGGUGAUGUGAGGAGUUCUCACCUGCAGUUUAUUUCUAAUGAGAAAAUCUAAGGUGUGGCAGGAAAAUUGAGGUCUUAGAGGGGCCUUGCCAAAAGAAGAAAGACCCAGAGGGUGGGGAGAUAAUUUUAGAAAGUGGGGCCAUUCAGGGCUCCUUUGAACUCUUAUUAUGGGAUUUCAAUAGGAUGCUCCUCCCGACUCCACCCUUCUGUCUCUCAUUGUCUCCCUCCUUUCCAUCCUCUCUUCUUUUUUCCUUCAUUGAAAAUGCAUAUUUGAAUCUUCACCAGAAUCCAGGUGCUCUACUAGACAUGGGGACAGAGGCCGCACACCCAGCCUGCAGCCUUUCUGUAAACAUCACUGAGUCCUUGGAAGACAUAGCCUCCUGGUGUAUUUAUACUAACUACAACGUGAAACUCUCAUCAGAUGUACUCGCCUCUGCCCAUAUUGGGAGAAAUCAUAAAAUGCCUGGAACUCUGAGGCCUUAGGGAUCAUGUAUCAUACACGGGCAUACACACAACGAAUCACAAACACACAUUCUCACCAUGUUACAGCUGUGAGAAAAUUGAUGUCCUGAGAGGUGUGGAGGUGUGCUCAAGGACACCAAGUAAUGUACCCCAGUGUCAGAACUAGAUUUGGUGUCUCCUGUCCUUUUGUCCAGGGAUCUACAAGAGCCCCUGCUCUCUUGGUGGAGGCAGAGUUCUAGAAAAAGGAGGAGGGGGAGGGAAAAAUGUAACUGGAGACUGGUUUUUCACAGGCCCCACCUCAGGGAAUACAACUCUUUCCCUUUCUGUCACUCACAUGGACCUAAGAGAAUAAAAUAAUGGUCAAGCACUCGUAGCCCCUCUAUUUGAAGAGUUCUGAGUAGAAGGAAAGAAAAGAAGGUAUUUGAUGGUGCCAAGAAGGGGCUGAUCCCCAGAGAGCUAAGGUUUAAGGUCUUUUUCCCUCUGAGCUCUGUACCUCCACAAGCUGGCGCUUGCUAACAAAUCAGUAAUGUAACUUAAUAAUAAUUAAAGACCAUGAUUGUCACCGAG